GGCAUCGGCUAAUGCGCCCGGCGCUGGAGCAGGCGCCGGGUCGGAGCUCUGGCGUCCUGGUUUCCUGCGGUGGAUUGAAGCAGUGCUUGCGGGUCGGGACGAGCAGCGUCCGGCGGUGGCGGGCUGGCUGGCGGUGCGGUUGGGGUUGCGCCGCCAACCCUGCGGCGGAGGCGCUUCACGCAGCGACGCUGAUACUGGCACCCGCCUUGUUGGGGGACUUCUGUCGGCGCCGCUUCCAGCGCAUGUCGUGGGACGAGCGUACGGCCUACGGCGUCCUCGAACUGGCGGAGGUGAUGGCGGGUGGCGAAGGCGGCGGUGCCACUAACGCAGAGUACGGCAAAGCACUUGCCGGUGCAUGCGGUGGUUGGUUGAAACAAGUGCUGCCGUUGCUCAGCGGCGAUAGUGACAGCGGCAGCAACACAGGCGGCGGCAAUGACGGCAGCGCGACGACGCGACCGCUGGACGAGCAGCUUGUGCUGCUGGCGGCGGCUUGUGUGGCUUGCCGUACAGCUAGGGCUGCUUCAGCCGCCGCCGUCGGCGUCGCUGUAAGCUUGGAUUGCGGUCGCCUGACGGCCGGGGCGGCGUCUGUGUGCGAUCUAGAGCCCUCUACGGAGCUGUCGGCAACCUUUAGCGGCGGCGGCGGCGGCGGUAGCAGCAGCGGCGGCAAUGUGCGGUUGGAGUUGCUGCCGGCCUUCAUUGAGCUCAAGUGGCGGUUGGUGGGGGAGCUGCUGGCGACGGCGGCUGGCGGUGACGCCAGGGAGCUGCCCCGGGAUGUGCGGGAGGCUUUGUGUGAGAGGGCCCUACAAGACCUCGACUGCGCUCCCGACGCCGCCCUAUCGUACAUCCUCGACACCCUGUACGACGCAGCGCCGUACGACGAUGUCCUGCGUGCCGUAUCUGCAACCGCCGCCGCCACCAUGGCGUCCUCCUCCUCCUCCGCCGCCGCCGCCGCAUGCGGCAGCGCUUCCGGGGCUCCUCCCGGCGACACUGAAAGCACCCAUCACGGCCAUGAGGAGGCGUCAACGCUGAC